GCGGCCUCGCGUGCUGCCGGCGCAUGCGCGGCGGGCCUGCCGCGAGCCGUUGCCGUUGCCCGUUGCCGCUGCCGCCGGGCGGGCGGCGCCUGAGGGGGCGGUGUCGGCGCGCCAUGCCCGGGGCGGCGGUGUCGGAGCCGGCGCGGAGCCGCGGUCGCUGAGGUGCGGCGGGAGCAUGGCCGAGUCGCUGCGGGAGGAGCCGCCGGGCGGGCCGGAGUCGGAGGCCGAGCUGUCGCAGCGGCUGGCCCGCACCAAGGCCCGCUCCUACGGCAGCACGGCGAGCGUGGCGGCGCCGCUGGCUGAGCGCUACGUGGAGCACCGGCUCAGCGCCGGGGACACGCUGCAGGGCAUCGCCCUCAAGUACGGCGUCACGAUGGAGCAAAUAAAGAGGGCAAAUAAACUGUUCACUAAUGACUGUAUAUUUCUGAGGAAAACUCUGAAUAUUCCUGUUAUAUCAGAGAAACCAUUACUGUUCAAUGGACUUAAUUCACUGGAGUCUCCUGAGAAUGAAACUGUUGACAGCUCCCCUUCUUGUGAUGAAGGACUAGUGACAGUUCAGGAAGAAAGUAGUUCUUCUCCCAGUCCUCAAGAGCCUGACAAUCAGCCCACUGCACCAGAAGAACUGUCUGCCAAAGAUUUCCUACAGAGGCUGGACUUGCAGAUUAAGUUAUCCAAACAAGCAGCCAGAAAACUAAAAGAUGACAAUGUCAGAGAGGAGGAGAAUGAGGAAGGUCCCUAUGCAACUUCUUCGUAUCACCAGUAGAAGACGGAUGUGAUGGCCUGAAAACUUUCCAUGAAAUCAGUUCUUAAAGAACUAAAUGGUCAAUAAUUCAAAACCCAAGUCUUUCGGACUCAUCGUCUUGAUGUACUUAAAACAAGUCAUGAAUGGGUAAUUGCACUGAAAUUAUGACCUCUUCUGCCUUCCAUAGGUUGAUGUCCUUAUGCUAUAUCAACAGAGGCUUAAAGCCUUCCAAAACUAGCAAUGGCCUUUAUACCCCUUCUGUGCAAACUGUAGCAUGGUAGCAACAAUAUAUCCUUGAGGUCACCUUUAUGCAGGAUGUUGAUCUUUAGUAAGGAUUUUGUAAAUACUUGUUAAAGUGAAAUUUGUUUUAAGUAUUUAAAAAUAUUCAAUGAGUUUGCUUGUAAAUGACAAACUAUGAAAAUAACAGAAAUUUACUUGUUCUGCAGACAAAGGCUAGUUUGCUGUGGAAGUUUUGUCUACUUCAGGGCUGCAGAAAUUGCCUUUGAACUCUGUGUGUAUGUCUGUGUGUGGUUACGAUGUAUUCCUAGAAAGGGGAAUUCUACUUGUUUUGAUGAGUUAAAGCCUUCAUGAUUAAACAACUGUUUGCAAAUUGGAUUUCUGCUAAUAAAAGGGAAGAGUCACAGCAAGAGAUUUUUCUUUGUGAGAUAUGACAUUGGAAUAUCGAUGUGUGUUCUUGUGUGGUUAUAUUUUGUGUGGUUUUAAUUUAAUAAAUACAAAAAUACUGAUGUGUCUAUUCAUAAUGAAGUCAGAUUGGUUCUAGUCUGUUUUUUGCAAAGAAUGGUUUGUCUAGUUACGUGAGCUAUUAGAUGCUAAUUUCAGGGCAAAUAAUGUCCUUUACCAUACAGUUUGCUCUCCUAAAUGAGACCUGUAAGGACUAUUUGAUCUAGUUGUGCAGUCAAGAAAACUGCGUUAAGAUUAAUAGGAGCCACGCUGGUUAGCCUUCACUGUUCUGAGAAGAGAUGCAAGACUCAAGUCUGCAAAGUGGAUCCCACCUGAAGCUCAGUAAGGCGGAGUACAGACUGCAUUCACUCUUUGCCCUGAAGCUAACGUAUUAGCAAAUUCUUGUUAAGCAUCCUACAAUUUUUCCUCAAGUAUUCAAUAAGCUUCACAAAACUCUUGUCAGUAAAGAAUUGCCAGAUCCCCACUGUGAGAGAUGCUGUUUCCUAUAUAUCAGGUCAUUUAUAUAGUUUAUUGCUCCCUCAAAGCAAAAACUUUCUGCAAUAUGUUAAGAUGGAAGCAAUAUAGAAAGUUACAUUAAUUUACUAAAACUAGAAAUAAAAAUGCAAAGCUAGACAGGAAUUGGUAUUUCCCUAGAGCUUGCAGGAACUCAGACCCGGCAGGCUCAUUCAUAUUGUUUCUAGCUCUGGCCCUGAAGAGGUCUGUGGUGGCACACAAAUUAACUAGAACAGGGAAAGCUUAGAAUGAAUAAAAGGAAGUAUUGAUUUUUCUUGAAGAGACUGGUGAAUUAGUUUUAGGUCUGGUAUCCUUCUUAAAUUGGGAUUCAUAUUUAUUUGUUACAGGAUAGUCAUUUCUGUUCUUGUCAGUUAAUUUCGAUAGGACAUUAUCAGAGCCAGAAUAAACUACUUUUCCAAAGGUGACCCUAGCUUCAAGCCCAGUUGUAUUUUCUAAUCCUACAGAAAAAUUUAAUCCUUUUCUAACAAAGACCUGCUAUUGGAACACCCUCACCUAUCCAGCACACGCAAGAUCAGAGAGUUUUGCUGAGCAGGUCAGCAAGCACGGCUUUCCUCGCACAGCGAGCACCCCUCCUGGCAGCCCUGCGAGGCAGAGUCGCAUUUCGCUCCAUCCUUCCUUAGAGUGCUGCUGUGCUCGUGGGCUGGAGGACCUUCAGGACAAGCAAUGUGGAGGAUCAGUGACACCGUUUACAUCUACUUUUCCUGAGAAAGCCAUACAGAAGCGCAAGGGAAGAAGCAGCUGUGCCAGCCUGGAGACAUGGUUGGGCAGAGACCCACGGCUGCACACCCUUCCCCUCAGAUGUGGCAGAUUUCAGCCCAGCAGCACCCUGAUGGACUCACCGCAUCUCUGGCAACCCCACCGCACCAGGGCUCAGCAUGGCAUCCAGUACGAAAACAUUAGCAUAACCCAGCAGAGACACCUGACCCUUCUGUUCCACACAAGCAGGGAGGAUUUUGAUGCCGCCAUUGACCACAACAAAGGCUGCCUGGAAGAGGCCCUACCUUGCCAGCCGUGGCCCCAGAGCAAGGCUCUGCUCCUUGCCUGCUACGCAGACACUCUUCAUGGUGCCCCAAGGGCACGCUGCUUGACACCAGGCCAGAGGGGACCUUCGCUUUUGCUUCCAUUCCACCAUCCUUGGCACUUCCAGUCCUAUUUACCAAGACCUGCAGCAACUGCUCUCCCCACCCUGGAGGGAGGCUGCUCUUUACGGCUGCAGGGCCUCAGAGUGGGCUGUAGGAGUAAAAUAUAUUUAGAAAUUGCUUUACUGUGCCUCUGCAAGUUUCUUGCACCCCUCCGUUGGCGUGAGGUCCUGUGUCCCCGUGCCACUGACACGUGGCCAGGCUGCAGCCCUGUGCACACACACACCUCCCAGCUGGCGCCUGAUGGACCCCAUGUCUGCUCAGCCCCAAGGAAAACGGAGCAGAUGACAGAACAUGGUGCCUGGAAAUAGUCUAUCUGUAGUACAGUCAGAGUAAUUAAAGAUGGGAGUUUUCCUACUCUGUAAAAAAGGGGUUCUUAAGACUCUGAAAUAACUAAAGUUUUAAUAUCUUAAUCCACAUUGUCAUAUUAUUACUCAAUAAAAUGACAGUUUUUCCUGUACAUUUUA